AUGGAUCCUGAGAACAAAGUGACUCCCGUGAAGAAGAGGAAGAAGAAAAAGAUGAUGUCCAUUCAAUUAAAGCAUGAAAUCAUUGAAAAAUAUGAGCGAGGCGUGCGUGUGGUGGACUUGGCCAGGCUGUAUGACCGCAAUACGUCUACUAUAUGUUCUAUACUGAAGCAAAAGGAGUCGAUUAAGGCUAUAACGCCUGCCAUGGGUGUCAAAAUCAUUUCAAGGCUUCGAACCUCUGUCCACGAGAAGAUGGAGAGGCUGCUGUUGGUGUGGUUGACAGAGAAGCAGCUUAGCAGAUGUCCUUUGACGGAGGGCGCCAUCUGUGAGAAAGCACGGGCCAUUUACACAGAUUUGCAGCAGCAGACACCGGGCUCUUCAACGGGCGGAGCGCCGGAAGACUCCUUCAAAGCCAGUCGGGGUUGGUACGACAAUUUCAGGAGGAGGAUCAGCUUCCCUUCCGACGUCCGGCCUGUUGCUGUGACGAGCUCGGACGUGAAUGAGGAUUACCGCAAAACAUUCAGCGAUGUGAUCGCGGCCGAAGGCUACGUCCCUCAGCAGGUCUUCAACUGCGACGAGACGGGGCUCUUCUGGAAAAGGAUGCCGAGGAGGACUUUCAUAACGACAGAAGAGUUGAAGACGCCGGGCCACAAACCUAUGAAAGAUCGGUUAACUCUAGCGCUUUGUGCAAAUGCGAGCGGCGACUGCAAGAUCAAGCCGCUGUUGGUGUACCAUUCGGAAAAUCCCAGAGCCUUUAAAUCACACAAGAUUAUCAAAGAAAAACUGCAGGUGAUGUGGAGGGCCAACCCGAGGGCGUGGGUCACCAGGCAGUUUUUUGUGGAAUGGGUCAACCUGGUCUUUGGUCCUGCCGUAAAGAAGUACCUCCAGGGAAAAAACCUACCCCUGCGAGCGCUUCUCGUCCUAGACAACGCCCCUGCUCACCCGCACAACCUUGAAGGUGACAUCCUUGAAGAAUUCAAAUUUAUCAAGGUUUUCUACCUUCCACCUGACACCACUGCUGUCCUGCAGCCCAUGGACCAGCAUGUGGUUUGUAAUUUCAAGAAGCUCUUCACCAAGCACCUGUUUCACCGCUGCUUCGAGGUGACGCAAAGCUCAAACCUCACGAUUCGAGAGUUCUGGAAAGACCACUACAACAUUGUGAUGUGCCUCAAAAUUAUCGAUAUGGCCUGGCAGGGUGUUACCAGGCGGACCCUGAUUUGUGCGUGGAAGAAGCUGUGGCCCGACGUUGUGUCGGAAAGGGCCAUAUUCGAGCCCGAGGAGGACGUUGUGGAGGAAAUAGUGUCCCUGGGGAAAUCCAUGGGCCUGGAAGUGGAUGAAGAAGACGUGAACGAGCUGGUAGAGGAGCACGCUGAGGAACUGACAGCGGAUGAGUUAAAAGCGCUCCAGACGCAGCAGCAUGCAAAGGUUUUGCAGCAAAUCGUUACCUCGGAGCACCCUGCGACAGAGGAAGUUAUCCCGACGAGUGAGAUAGUGGAAAUGUUGGAAAUAUGGGAGAGGCUUUCAGAUUUCAUUCAAAAGAAACACCCGGAAAAAGUGGCAACUGGAUGUGCCUCGUCGCUUUUUAAUGACACCUGCCUAGCUCAUUUCCGAAAUAUUUUGAAAGAGAGGAAGAAACAAUUAUUGAAAAGACCUGCCAGUGAAAUGGAGGAAAGCUUGUUGAAAAAGCCUAAAACAGAAGAUGAAUAA